UAAGUGGGUUUCGAACCCUAGACCUCUCAUUUGGAAAGUCCCCUGCUCAACCAACUCGGCCACCCUUUACAAUAAAAUCAAUGUACUUUUUAAUCGUCAUUUGAAAUGGAAUGGAGGGAGUAAUAAUAAUAAAUAAUACUACUCCUAUCAUAUACUAUAGUUUAAAUAUAACACUAUUUAAUGAAUUCAAUCAAUCCCCUAGUAUUUGCUUCUCAAACAAACUGGUUCAAGCUAUGGCAGAAGCUCCUAUGCCUAAUACUCCUUCAUCACCUUCUUCUCCAAAACAAUCAAACUUACCCACUUUGUAUUGUGCUCUUAUCAUUGUCGGAAUAGCAGCUGUCUUACUUGGCCUCUACAAUCUCCUUAUCGUUCGAUGGUGCAACGAAGAUAACCACACGAAUGAUCAGUCUACUGAACAAAUAUCUAGCCAUGUUUCUCUAGAUAACCUUAACGUGAACUUAGUGUCCAGUUUCAGGUACAAGAUAGGAGGAGUUGAAGUUGGAGGAAAUGAUCAUGAGAAGAAUAAUGAUGAUAUUGAGUGUUCUGUGUGUUUAUCAGAUUUUGAAGAAGGGGAAGAAGUAAAGCAACUUCCAAGAUGCAACCACUCUUUUCAUGCUUCUUGUAUUGAUAUGUGGCUUUAUUCUCACUUGGAUUGCCCCAUGUGUCGUUCUCCGGUGGAGCCGCCGGUGCUUCACCCGAGUAGUUUCACAGGACAAGAGGAGAGUAGAGAAGGAUUGAUAGUUCAAGGCACUUCUGUUUAGUUUUUCCUUUUCAUUUCUUUUUUGGUGUUGUGAUAUGUUUAUUUAUUUAUUUAUAGGAAGAUAGAUUUUGCAUGAAGACUUUUGUUCAUCCUAGUUGGGGUGGAGGAUGGUGAUAGAAAAGGAUGAUAAUCACAAUAUCUGAAAUCAUGUGGAAAAUAUAAAAAACUAUGUCAUCCCAUAUUUACUACCUUCCACCGGUAUAAUUAUCGAAUAACUUUGCUUACCAAGACUUAAGUAAAGGACAGCCUGGUGCACAAAGCAUCAGGAUCGGUAGAAGGCUUAAGUAGAUGAAAAGAAAUCAGCCAACUUUGUGAUUUGAAUGUUCCUCGUCUCCUCUA